UGAAAUCCUGUCCGUUGAGAUAAAACACCAUCCCAAUCGUUGAUUUGCUAGGGUUCUGGAUUUAGGGUUCUAGUUCUCUCCAGCGCAGGCGGCUAUGGCGAAGCGCACGAAGAAGGCUGGAAUUGUCGGCAAAUACGGAACUCGCUAUGGCGCCAGUCUGCGUAAGCAGAUCAAGAAGAUGGAGGUCAGCCAACACUCCAAGUACUUCUGCGAAUUCUGUGGCAAGUUCGCAGUGAAGAGGAAGGCCGUGGGAAUCUGGAACUGCAAGGAUUGCGGCAAGAUCAAGGCUGGCGGCGCUUACACGCUCAAUACUGCCAGUGCCGUCACAGUGAGGAGCACGAUCAGGCGUUUGAGGGAGCAGACCGAGAGCUAAGUAGAAAUCUCUCUCGCUGUGUUUUGUUUUAAUCCGGAAGGAAAAAUUUCAAGAGCCCUCUUUUAACUUGGA